GCCGUUGCUAUGGCUCGGGGCCCGAGGCAGCGCGGGCGGUGAGGCGUGCGGGUCCCAGGCAUGGAGGAAGAGGACACGAGAGAUUACGGCGAACCUUGUGUACAGUGUUCUGUCGUAAACUGGGGUCUUACUGAUGAAGGCAGAUUUUAUUGCAAGUCUUGUCACAACGUCAUAGAGAGGACUAAAGAGGUUUUAACUUCUGAUGUUGUUCCUAACACAAAGAUCCAGUCCAUCUCCAGAGGAUUUAGAAAGAGAAAAAAAAUUGAUAAAGGCUGGGAAUGGUAUGUUUGUGAAGGUUUUCAGUACAUACUCAAGAAGCAAGCAGAAGCUCUGCAAACUUUAGGAGUGUGUCCACAGAUGAAGGAUGAAAUUCUAUGCAAUUUCUGGAGACGUUACCUUCAGAAGAGCAAACAGGCAUAUUGCACCACACCAGCUAGUUAUACUAGCAAAGCAUUAUCUAUAUCUGACAUCAGUACAGAUAUGGAUAGCGAACCAGAGAGAAUAAGUAUUCAUGGCUUGUCAUCUUUCUCUGAAAGUGAUGGAGAUUUACAGACAGAAAGCAGCUUUGGACAUGUUUCUUCCAUUGGCAAUGCCUCAGCAAGAGAAACCACAUCUAUCUGCUCCGGAUCGGUAGAUGGUGGUUCGUAUUUACUUAAGAGGAAAAAAGGGAACUUGAGGAUGUCUAUGCCAAUGACACUUUCAUUCUGCUAUAUUGCAUUACUCUGGCUGAGAGAGCCAGUGACAUUAUCAGAUCUCUUAAGGUUUGUUAUAGAUGGUCACAUUCCUUACUUGAAUGCUUUUCAGUAUUUUCCAGAGGAGAUGAAAUUGUAUGGAGUUGAUCUCAAGAUCUUUCGUGUAGAGUCUUGGCCUGUAUAUGAAGAUGUGCAUAACAAGAUGUCUGAACUUGCAGCGUUUUUAGAUUUGCCUUGUUUUCCAGCUAUAACUGAUAGCUGCUUUCUUCAUCCAAACAUCUUGUGCAUUAAAUAUCUGAUGGAAGCCAACUUACCUGAUGAAUUGCACAAUUGGACUUGCAGAGUGGUAAAAAAGAUCAAUGUUGGAGAAACAGACUUUCUGACACUUGAUCCUGUGAAUAAAUCAGCAAGGAAAGUAAAAUAUGAUGUUCUUGCUGCAGCCAUCAUUAUAGUGGUGCUCAAAUUACUAUUUUUACUAGAUGAUCAGUAUGAAUGGUUAAAUGCAAACUUUGCUGGAAAAAGAAAUCAAAAGAACAAAGAAGGCUGCCUGUGGUUUGAUUUCAAAAAGUGGUACAAGAUUAUAAAGAAGUCUGUGGAUGUGGAACAGAAGAAAUUAGAUGAAGAAAGAGCCCGGUGUCUGUGGAAAUGUGAAAAACCACUAUUCUACUCAGCCAAGGAAAAAUCUGUAGUUCUUAAGAAAAGACAAAUGGUAGUGAACUUACAAAGACAGUUUGGUGCACUGUCUGGUUCAAUGCAAGUUGCUGAAAAGCAAAGCCCUUCAAGUUUCCAGUUAAAUUGGGCUGAAGAAAACACAGAUGGGAAUUGUUUUCAUGGGCAUAUCCUAGAGGGAGUUUUGCAAGAAAAAGGCAAUUCACUUACAACCAUGAACACCAAGUAUUGGCUGUGUACAGUUAAACUAUGUAAUGAGAAACAAGGUGGCCUGGCCUAAGGCCAGUUUACUGUUCUGCCACUGGGUCAUGCCAUGAAAAGCCAACCCAGCUACUGUUCAGCCAGGGAUUAGGUUGGGAGUGAGGAAAGGAUACUGAGAUUGAAGAUCAUCUUGGAUUCACACUGCAAUAAUGGGUUUCUGCUGUCUUUUGUGAGAAGGAAGAUUGGGAUAGCUGAAUUCAGUCUCAUUGCAUUUCAUGCCAAUAUAUUGUAUACCCAAGCCUUAAGAUUUUAUUUACUAUAAAAUAUCACAUUUAAGAAAACAAACACUACAAUACCAGCUAUAUUAUUUUAAGUUUAAUUUCUUUAAUAUUCUGUUUUUGAAAAUGACUGAGUCUAAAGUGUGUGCAUACUUUGUCGCCUUUUCAGUGUACUUGCUUAUUAUUCAUCUACCUUUUUUCCUUUUCACUUUGCCUUUUAUGCAUUCACCAAGACAGAAGUGGGUUGGAAUAAUGUAAACAUAGUAUCAUAUCACAAGAGCUUUUGUUCUGUAGGUUCAUUCUCUUGUUUGAACAAGAAACUUUUUAACAGAGGGUGAGAGAAGAAUCCUCUUUACUCAUAUGCAUAAAUCUGAUAUACAUUGGAUAAGUGGUUUUUUUAUGUAUGUUUGCAUGAACAAUCUCUCUCCAUGCAAAUUUUGUAUUUAAGCAUGUAUUUACAUAUGUAGUACAUUAGAACAUAAUGUGAAAUGCAAAUAGUCAUAGCCAUCAGAAAUCAAGAAUUGAGUUUAAAUUCUUAUCCUUUAGAUUUCCCAUUGUAUCAUCUGUAGUGCAAGUAGUUAAUGUAGUUACAAAUAUGACCAUUUGUUUAAUCUUUUGAAAAUGCGAAAAGAGCAUUCAUUCCCUCAGCUAUGAGAUUUUGUGCAAUGGAGAUGCCAUAGAGCUAAAAACAAACGCCAAAAAUGUUUCUUUAAAAAUCAGUUUAUCUGGGACCACUGAAAUGCUUUAUGGAUAUGGCUAUUUCAUGGCCUCACUACAGAGCAUAGUUAAGGUUGCUUUGAAUUUCCAUAUGUUAAAAUGUUUGGACUUUUAAAGCUUACCUUAACUGUGAGUUUCUUGUGUUUAUAACACGUAGUUUUAAAGAUAAUUAUAAGAUCCCUUUAAUGAAUUUUACUCUAAUUUCUUUUAUACGUACGCUUCAUUUUAAUGUAAUUUUUUGUCUGGGAAUUUAAAAAGCACAAGAUCCAGAUGUCUUUUAGCUAUUCUUGGAGUAGAUAAUAAGAAAAAAUGCCUUUGAGAAAGAAAAUGCAAAUUCUGUGUAUUUGAUGUCUGUAUGAAAACCCUCACUCCCAUUAAAAUCAAAUAGGUGCCCUUCAAUGCCACUUUAACCUGUUUGUAUCAGAUCAUUAGUUUUGGUUGACAAAAUAUAUUUUGAGAGAGCAGAACACUUUGAAAAGAAGUGUUACCUCAUGGGCCAUUGUGUUUCCAAUAGUUAGCCACAUAAAAAAUGCCUGAGUAUCUUUCUUUCAGCUCCGUUGAUGUGCAUAAACAUGAUGUUUUGAUCUCUUACAAGUUCCUAAAUGCAAAUUUGGAUAUUUUUUUUUAAUCAUCACUGUCAACCUUUUCUAGUCCUUUGUAGGUUUCUCCCUUUCAAAUAUUUUUAUUCUUGAACACUGAAUUACAAUAAAAUUGUGCACCACUAUAAAAUUAAUUUUAAUAAAGUACCAACCUCCCAAAAUUCAAACGCCAUGUAAUCCUGAUUUUAAAAUCUUGCUAUUUCAAACACAAGAGGCUAAUACUUCCUAAAAACAAAAAGAAGUGCUAAAAAUAUCAGUUGACAUUGGUUUUAAGUAACCAUAUAUAUAGUAGUAAGCUAUUAUAAAAUAUUGAUUCCAGGAAGAAGUGUUUAAGGAAAAUUUAUUUAAAGGUAAACUGCAAUGUACAGUAAAGAUCCAAUCAAUGUGGACAGAGAUGGCUUGACUUUUUUUGAGGCUGAAA